AUGCAGAAAUUUAUCUGCGCUCCCUUGGAAGCAGCAGCAGCAGCAGCAGCAGCGGGAGCAUCGGAUCCGAGCAAGCCAGCAGCAGGGCCAGUAGAAGCAGCAGCACCAGGAGCAGCAGCAGCAGCAGCAGCAGCAGCAGCUGCUGCUGCUGCUGCUGCAGUAAAGGAGGCCUCAUUGUUUGUGGGGGAGGGUGAUUGGAAGCUGCUGCAGCUGCAGCAACUCACCAUCGGGCACCUGCAGUGUUUGCUGCAGAGGAAGACCUUCCCGCUGCAUGCAGCAGCAGCAGCAGCACAAGCAGCAGCAGCAGCAGCAGAUAUGUCCUUCUCAGAAGAAGACAUCCGUGGGAUGCAGCGUGUCUUUGACUAUAUCUGCAGGCGACCAGCAGCAGCAGCAGCUGCUGCUGCUGCUGCUGCUGGAGAACUUAUUCUCGCUCCUUACAAGCCUUGCAGACGUCAGCAGCAGCACGAGCAGCAGCACCAGCAGGAAGAGCAGCAGCAGCAGGAGCAGCAGCAACAGCAACAGCAGGGCUAUCACAUCCGGGAGCCUCCGCCAGUGCUGCAGCGGCUGCUGCUACUGUCGAGCAGCGACAGCAUUACGCUCCUCAGCGAUUUGCUGCUGCUGCCACUGCCUCGCGUGGCGCUGCAGCAGCAGGCAGCAGAAGCAGCAGCAGCAGCAGCAGGGACAGAACAGCAGCAACAAGAGUUUCAGGAUUCUUCCUCACCCGCAGCAGCAAGCAGCAGCUUUUUUGAAGGCAAUCUGCUGCAGCAGCUGCUGCAGGGAGUAGGUGAUGCAAUUAUGGCUUUGCAGCAGCAGCGAGGAGAGCACUGCGCUGCAGCAAAGAAAGUAGCAGCAGCAGCAGCAGCAGCAGCAGAAACAGCGGCAGCAGCAGGUGAUGCUGCUGCUGCAGAUGCAUUUAAGGGCCCUAGGUGGGCACUCCAGAGUCUUCUGCUGCAGCAGCAGCAGCAAAUGCAGCGGCUUCAUGCAGGGCUGUGGCAGCUGCUAGCUGUUGCUGCUGCUAGAGGGCAGCAGCAAGUCGUGCAUGACGAGCUGUUGCUGCAGCAGCUGCUGCUGUUCCUUGUCUACGGGAAGCCGUGCUCUUUGCUGCUGCUGCAAGCCUGUACCAGCAGCAGCAGCAGCAGCAGCAAGUGCGGUGCGGCUGUCUCUUGUUGGAGCCCUGCCCUUGAGGAGGAACUGAAGCUGCUGCUGCUGCACGACGUUGCAGCAACAGCAGCAGCAGAUGACAGCAGCAGCAGCAGCAGCAGCACAGGCUGCUGCUGGACGGCAAGACAGCGCGAAGCCCUGUUGGUUCGUAUAAUUGAGAAUGUAGCAGCAACAGCAGCAGCAGCAACAGCAGAUGGAGACGAUAAGGAUCUGCUGCUGCAUGUACGCAGAGCUGUGGCCCCACUGCAGCAGCAGCAGCAGCUGCUGGCAGCAAAUGGAUUUCAUGCUGCAGCAGCUCGUUUGUUUGAGGCUUCAAGGGCAUACGACGACUUCCUUAGCUGCUGUCUGCUUCGCGACAAGCAGCAGCAAGAGCAGCAACAGCAGCAGCAGCAGCAGCAGCAGCAGCAAGCUGCGGAGCCUUGCUGCACGUCUCCAAGUGUCUCCCUUUCGUGGUUGCCUCAGGGCCCCGUAGAUGUCUUUGAAGAAGUGCAGCUGCUGAGCAGCAGCAGCACCAUCAGCAGCAGCAGCAGCAGCAGCAGCAGCAGCACGAUAGCGGCUGCUGGUGUUGCUGAGGGAGCUGUUGCUGCUGCUGCUAGCAGCAGCAACAGCAGCAACAGCAGCAACAGCAGCAGCUGGGAUUACUGGCGACUGCGUUUGCUAGAUGUCUCUGCUUUUGCUGCUGCAGUGCUGCGGCUGCUGCCGCUGCUGCUGGCAGCAAAUAAAGACAGAACCGGUGAUUUUCUAACGCUGCUGCUGCAGGCAGGCUUGAGGGAUGGAGGGAAGGAGCAGCAGCAGCAGCAGCAGCGACAGCAGCAGCAGUAUGCAUCAACGCUGCUUACAAUGCUGGAAGGAAGCCCCACGCUGCAGCUGCAGCUGCUAGAUGCGCUGCUGCUGCCCCCAGAACUCCAUAGCAGCAGCAGCAGCAGCAGCAGCAGCAGCAGCAGCAGCAGCAGCAAGAGCUCCUUGCGUUACUUCCAGUAUUUUUCUUUGAUCUGCAGCUUAGACCCUUCUCGCGCUGCACCGGUGCUGCAGCAGCUGCUGCCGCCUGAGGAAGCUAUCCCCGGAGAGUUGGUGGAGAAGCUGCUUCUGCUGGCAGCGCAGCACAACGCCUUAGAACUCACUGCAGCACUUCUAGAACGCAGCGGCGCUGUGGAGGGAACGCUGCAGCUUCUGGAGGCUUCAUUUAAACGUGCCCUGGAGUGCUUGCUGCAGCAAUUUAAUUCACCUGCCUAUACACUCGGAGCAGCACUUCGGUGUCUGAGGAGACGGCAGGAAGAGAAGAGAGGCAGCUUCCAGCAGCAGCAGCAGCAGCAGCUACUGCAGCAGCAACCCCUUUUCUUCAGCGGCAGCAGCAAAGACGACUCUGAUUUGCUGCUCUUGCUCAAACAACAACAGCAACAGGAGAAGCAGCAGCAGCCACCGCAUGCAACAACAGCAGCAGCAGCAGCAGAAGCAUCAGGGGAAUCAGACGCAGCCGCUGCAGCAGCUGCCCCAGCAGCAGCUGCAGCAGCAGCAGCAGCAGCAGCAGGAGACAGUUGGUGGGCUGGAUGCAAGGAAGUAAAAGAUAUAUUUCGUGCCCUUGAAGCAGCAGAAAGAGUUUGCUGCAGCAGCAAACAGUUCAUUACGCCUCGAAGGCAGCAGCAGCUGUGGAGGUAUUUUGCUGUUCUCACUGCUAAGACAUACGAAGCAAACCCUAUGACCCAGCACUUCCUGUUGCUGCAGCAGCAGCAGCAGCAGCAGAAGGAGCAGCAGCAGAAGGAGCAGCAGCAACAGCAGCAGCAGAAGCGACAGCAAGAAGAGGAACAGCAGCAGCAGAAAGAUGAUGCGGCUAUUAAACAAAUGCAUGCACCUAAGGGGGAAUCUGAUGCUGCUGCUCUUGUUCCUGCUGCUGCACCUGCUGCUACACCUGCUGCUGCUGCUGCUGCUGCUGCUGGGCGGCAGCAGCAGCCCCUACGGUGGUAG